AUGGGUGAUUUCAAUAAUGUAUCUGCCAUGAUCAGGGCUUUAAAAGAAGGUGGCAAUUUGGCAGCAUUAACGGGUGGUGAUCCACAUAAUCUUCAUUCGGGACGACGUGGAGCAUGGAAAGCAAAAUUGAAACAUUACGCUAAACAAAUCAAUUCAUCGAGUCAACGAUCAUUAUUUAUAUUUAAAAAGAAUAAUUGGAUACGAAAACGAGCUAAUGAUGUUAUUGAAUGGAAUCCUUUUGAAUAUAUGGUGCUGUUAACAAUUAUAGCUAAUUGUAUUGUUUUAGCACUUGAAGAGCAUUUACCACAUGAUGAUAAAACAACAUUAGCUAGAUCAUUAGAAAAAACUGAAAUUUAUUUUAUUGGAAUUUUUUGUUUUGAAGCCGCACUAAAAAUAAUUGCACUUGGUUUUGUAUUACAUGAAGGUUCAUAUCUAAGAAGUCUUUGGAAUGUUAUGGAUUUUGUUGUUGUUGUUACUGGUUUGGCAACGAUUAGUAUUAAAAAGAAUAGUUCAUUUGAUUUACGAACAUUACGUGCAGUACGUGUGCUGCGACCGCUUAAACUUGUCUCAGGCAUUCCAAGUCUUCAAGUGGUGCUUAAAUCUAUAUUAAAAGCCAUGGCUCCGUUGUUUCAAAUAGCUCUUCUCGUUCUUUUUGCUAUUAUUAUAUUCGCUAUCAUUGGCCUUGAAUUGUAUUCAGGCGUGUUUCACACAACUUGUUUUUAUGCAAAUCGAACAGCUGCAGAUAGUGAUAGUGAAGAAUUAAUAUAUAAAGGUGAUGAUCAUCAGUCAACAACAUGCGGAAUACCCGGAGAACCUGUUUGGGGUUGGUUAAAUAUAAAACUUGGAGUAAAUACAUGUAAUAUUCCAAAUGAAUCACUUGUUUGUCGAGAAUAUUGGAAAGGACCGAAUGAAGGCAUAACUAGUUUUGAUAAUAUUGGUUUUGCUAUGUUAACUGUCUUUCAAUGUAUAACUAUGGAAGGCUGGACACAAGUAUUAUAUUGGACAAAUGAUGCUGUGGGAACUUUAUUUAAUUGGCUUUAUUUUGUACCAUUAAUUAUUCUUGGUUCAUUUUUUAUGCUUAAUCUUGUUCUUGGUGUUCUAAGCGGAGAAUUUGCAAAAGAAAGAGAACGUGUUGAAAAUCGUCGUGCAUUUUUAAAAAUUCGACGACAACAACAAAUAGAACGUGAAUAUAAUAAUUAUAUUGAAUGGAUUAAUCGUGCUGAGGAUGUUAUUUUAAAUGAAGAACGAACUACUGAACAAGAGAGAAGAGCUAUUCAUGAAGCUCGAAAAUAUGCACAAUUAAAGAAGACUCGGCAUAAUCGAGCUGGAAAACAACAUAGCGUUGAUGAUGAUGAAGAAGAUAUUGAUAAUGCAUUCAAUCGUGGUCGUGGUACAGAUAUUGAACGACAGGAUCGACCACGAACUUUUAUGCGUCGUUGGCAUAUUCAGCAACGUGUGAUUAAAAGUAAAAUUCGUAUAUUAGUGAAAACUCAAGCAUUCUAUUGGACUGUUAUUGUAUUGGUAUUUUUGAAUACUGCCUGUGUUGCUAUUGAACAUCAUAACCAAAAUCAAUUUCUUACAGAUUUUUUAUAUAUUGCUGAAUUUGUUUUUCUUGGUUUAUUCGUUUUUGAAAUGCUUUUUAAAAUGUAUGGUCUUGGUGUUAAUCAAUACUUUGCAUCAUCAUUUAAUAUAUUUGAUUUUGUCGUUAUUUUUGGAUCAAUAUUUGAAGUUGUGUGGACAUAUUUUCAUCCUGAAGAAUCAUUUGGUGUUUCUGUUCUUCGAUCUUUACGUCUUUUGAGAAUAUUCAAAGUUACAAGACAUUGGGCAUCUUUACGAAAUUUAGUUGUAUCAUUAUUGAGUAGUAUGCGAUCUAUUGUUAGUUUACUUUUUCUACUCUUCUUAUUCAUUCUUAUAUUCGCCUUAUUGGGUAUGCAAUUAUUCGGUGGCGAUGAAUAUCAACAAUAUCAAGAUGCAACAGCUGAAGAAGAAGGUGAAGGAAUGGAAGGUGAAGAAGAAGAACAUGCUUAA